UCUAUAUAAUGCAACAUCAUUGGAACUCCUCGCCUUGACCAUGUUCCUCAGUAAGCAUAUCGCGGUGCUUUUGCUCUGGCUCUGCUUCGCUGUUCUCAGCGUCUACGGCAAUCCCCGCUGGCACUGGGGACCUGCCUCCAAUAGCGGACCAAUUGGUGGACCCGCCUGGAACGGCGGAGAAGAUGAGUCUACCGAUAAUAUAAUCAUCCACUCGAAUGGGAAAGGCAAAUGGCGUUACUAAUUUUAAUAAAGCGUGGAAGUCGUGACGAAUAUCUGAGUCGUUAUGCAUUUUUUUCCGCGAAUUUAUGAAUAAUUUUAAGCAACUUUACUAAACUACAUUUUUCUUAGAAGUAUACUGGAUUCUUACGAUUAUACUUUUUCAUUGUCAUACUCAAAUAAAUAUUCAAAUAUAUACUAAGAAACCACUAAA